CGUCUCUCAGAUAUAGAGAUCAUUACAAGACGGGGCGAGAUAACAUUGGCCAUUUUCUACCAGCAUUCUAUCUCAGUAAGAGGCGUCACUUUCGCUAGGUUAGCGCACUCCAAUCAGGUUAUUGGGUACCUUGAUGCCAAGGUUACAGUUAGGUUAGCGCUGUAAGCAAGCCCAUACAGCCGGGCCGCCGUCGGUUUGAUUUGACGCGAAAGAAUUAUGGGUGCUGCAUUCAUUGUAUGAACAGUUCUGCAAAUAACAGCCUGCAACACUACUCAUGCAACAAGCAGACAACAUCACAACAACUCAGGGACCGAUCCAGUCGUCGAUCGAUGAAAUCCAUAUUGUAGUUGUGGCCUGCCAAGCCGAUAGCCAGAAUGCAAUUUACGUUCUGUUGUGUUAUUGCCGUCGCGGCAACCAGCUGGGCACAGGUCCUCAAUCCUUUAUAUACAGCAGUCCAGUAUACAACAAUCGGCACCCAACCCUUAGAUAUAGCGAGUAUUUGUGACAACAAAGCUUUUGGCUGGAUGCCGGGGGAUGCUGAUUUUGACGGUAACCAAAACAGCUUCCCAGCACAACAUCAUCCUGGCACAAACUUGACCUAUGGAGGAGUUCAUUAUGAACUACAAAGUUUACAGAAUGACGGCAACGACAAUUUUGUUGCCCAAAGUCAAUUACUUGAAAUAACACCUGCGAGGUACUUUAGUGUACAUAUUCUUGCUUCAGCAGAAACUUCGACGACAGGCGGAAAUAUCAAAGCGACAUAUGCCGAUGGCACUGAAACGAUUGCAGAGAUAACAGUCCCACCUUGGUGGUUAUGGGCAUACCCAUCUGGUGGAGACAUCGUUAUGCCUUUCUAUUAUACCAAUGAAUCGAUAAACUUCAACAGAUCUAACAUUUUCCAGACCACAUCGUGGCUGGACUCUAGUAAGAAUCUGACGGCAUUGCUAAUGCCGAAUUCUAGCUCAUCUAGCAGAUUGCACAUCUUCUCCAUGACCUUGUCGCCAGCAUCAUCAAGUGAGACGGCACAGGCACCACAGCUCGCAGUGCAAUAUGCGAGAUCUACCAAGAAGUACGCAGAUUGUGCAGCGACGCAAAUAUUCGAAGUCACAGUCAGGAAUAUAGACGGGCACAAAUGGGUUCUGGCAAAUGACCCUGUUGUGGUUGGCAUCGAGUCUGACGGUGUGGAAACCGUGAGACCUGCAACUAUCAAACGCCUUCGGCCAGGAGAUCAAGUCACUGUCCAAGUAGAGGUGGCAAACAAAAAUGGUGUCGAGAAAGGUACAACAGGUACUGCGACAGCGCGUCUGAAUUCUAAGACGGUUGAUUUGAGCCAUACCUUUGAGGCCACUUUCGGCAUUGGGGCAUACGAAGCCACGUAUGAGUCAAUAUACACACACGAAAGCCCUGAAUGGUUCAACAACGCCAAAUUUGGCAUUUUCAUCCAUUGGGGUCUUUACUCUAUUCCAGCCUGGGGCAACUCUGGGGUCAAUGAGACGUAUGCAGAGUGGUAUUGGUGGAAUAUGAUUGCCGGGUCUGAGACUUCAGACCAAACGUAUGAGUAUCAUCUCGCAACAUACGGCGCAAACUUCACCUACGACGAUCUUAUCGAGGAGUUCUCCGCCACAGCUUAUAAUGCGAAAGAUUGGGUAGAUCUGUUCAACGAUGCGGGUGUCACGUACUUUGUGCAAGUGGCAAAGCACCACGACGGCUUUGCGCUCUUCGACCUUCCACGGAACGUGUCUCAGCGUACCUCAGUCGCGCAGUACCCUCACCGUGAUUUCAUAAAGGAAUUAUUUGAUGCUGCUGCUAAGUACCAACCACACCUACACCGAGCCGCAUACUAUAGUCUUCCAGAGUGGUUCCAUCCGGACUAUGCGCCUUACGGUUUUGGGCGCUGGCCGGGUCACAGUGCUACUAACCCCUUUACGAACUCGACACUUCCAUACACUGGACAUGUACCCGUUAGCGACUAUUUAAGAGAUCUAGUUCUGCCUGAGAUGCAAACUCUAGCGGCCCUUGGCAGCGAAAUUAUGUGGUGCGACAUUGGUGGACCAAACCUCACAGCGGAGUUCGCUGCGCAAUGGUAUAAUGAGGCGAUAGCUCAAGACAGGCAGGUCACGAUGAACAAUCGUUGUGGCCUACCGGGUGAUUUUGACACGCCGGAGUAUAGCACACUCUCUGUUACACAGAAGAGGAAGUGGGAAAGCAAUGCUGGUAUGGAUCCCUACAGUUAUGGUUAUAACCGUGCCACCUCGGUGGCAGGUUACAUGAACGCCAGCACGAUCGUAACGAGCCUCGUCGACAUCACGAGCAAGAAUGGUAACUACCUCCUGGAUAUUGGACCGACAGGAAAUGGAAGCAUUCUUGACGUUGAAGCUCGGCAUCUACGCGAAGCGGGAAGUUGGAUCAAAGAUCAUGCCGAGGCAAUUUUCAAUACUACAAGCUGGUUUGUGACCCCUCAGGAAGGAAAAGAUGUGAGAUUUACCACAACUAUGGACGCGUUCUACAUCUUUGUAAUGAAUCAGGUCAACAGCUCGCUGGCAUUGACGAGCGAGAUACCAUGGGUUGAAGGCGACGAAGUGACGGUCGUAGGUGGUAGUCUGCAUGGAAGCGUAGUACCUACCAGCUCCGGUAUUGUUGAUGGGCUAAGAGUGGUUCAAUUGGAGAUCAGUGACUCAGUUCGAGGAGCUGAUAAGUGGACAUGGGUGUUCAAGAUAAGCUAUAUUUAAAAUGACGACCUAUCUUGCUAGCCACCAAAGAAGUUUUCCUUGUAUGGUUGUAUUCAGAUCAUCAAUUCAAAAACUCUCGGCAGCUCAAUGUUCAAAGACAUUACCAUCGAUAACUUUCCAAGCGUGUUGGCCAGGUACCUUAUCAGACCUACACUUCCAUGUUCUUUAGGGACCAUUGAGUUGCGGGGUUUGGUCCCGGGAUCUCAAUGCACUUCCCACAGGCUCUAAUAAUGCAGUCAUACAUUUUCGAUAACCUAGAUUAGUGGCAAUCACCGCACAUGGGAGCACGCUGUCAAUACGAACGAAGAUUCUUAUGGGGCUUGUAAAAAGUGUAGUCCCGAUUUGUCUCACAGGCUUCCAUAGGCGUUGAUAGCCCUAAUCUCAUACAAAGAAAUCAAUGGGAGUAAUUUCGAGCCGAGAAU